UUGCUUCCCCUCUCCUUGCCCCCCUCCUUCUGUCUCUCUCCAUCCCUCUCCACCACUCCUCAUGCGUGAUCUCUCUCCUCCACCUUUCCCUAACCAUCUGUCUCCUUGACAAUCUGCGUCCUGCAUCCAUCCGUCAGUCGGUUAGUAGUGAGAUGGGGAAUAUGAAAACAGGCGGGCGGAAAAGAAAAAUGAGAGCAAGAGGGAAAGAAAAACAGAAGCAGAUUCAAUAAGAGACUGUGGAGAGGAGGAGUGUGUUUGUGUGUGCUCUAUCCUCUCUCUCUGCGCGAGCGUGUUUAAGUGUGUGCGUCUCUUCUGGCUCCACUGUUGUUCACUGGCUCCAUGGAUGAGCUGCGCAGAGGAGGGAGAGCAGAAUCAGCGGAUGCGUCUGGCCAGAGGAGAACGGGAGGAGUUUGGAUCGGCAUGCGCGACAAACUGACGGCGCUGAUCAUCAGCGGCUCUAUCUCCAUCCCUCCCUUCCCCCUCUCUCUCCCCUUCUCUCCCUUUCUCUCUCACGUGCACACAAGGCUCACACACAGGCUGGAUGUCAUCUCGCUAGGCUGAACAAGAGGUGCUUAGGCUUGUCAUUAGUCGCACAGGGAGAUCCAGAGAGUUGAGUGUGUGUGUGAAGUGGGGACACUGAAUACACAGAGGUGGCUUUGAUUGGCUCGUGGCUUAAAUGACUCUCUCACUCUGUGUCACAGUGGACUUACCUCUGGGAUCCUGACAACGAAAACGGUCACUGAGAGAAGGAGAGAGGGCGGGGGGAUGUUGGAGGAGCGGAGGGGGGAGGUUUCAGGCACAGAGAGGCUGGCAUCCAGAGUAACUAGGGACAGAGAAAGAGUGGAGGCGCGGAAGGAAGGGAUGCCCUGGGGGUGCAUCAUUCUAUUCUUCACGCUCUCUCUUUUCUAUCUGGAGUAAGGACUUGGGGGUUGUGAAGAUCUCCUCCUCGUGCUCUUCCUCUCUCUCUGUAGGUGUCUGUGUAUUGGGGCGUCCUUGGCUGUGGGACCGGAGGGGUUAUGAUGGACCUAAAGGAGAGUUGUGGCAGUGAGGGGAGCAAUGAGAGCUCCAGUCUGCACCCGUCCUCCUGGCAGGCCUUCUCCCACACCAGCACGCUACACGGCCUGCGCUUCAUCUUCCCCUACGGCCGGCCAACACCUCGCCGCCUGCUCUGGGCCGCCGCUCUGCUGACCUGCCUGGGCCUCCUGGCCAUGGAGAGUGCCGAGCGCCUGGCCUACUUCCUUUCCUACCCCCAUGUGACGAGCGUGGAUGCCGUGAUGUCGAGCAGCUUGGUGUUCCCUGCCGUCACCGUGUGCAACCUCAACGCCUACCGCUUCAGCCGCCUGUCCCGCAAUGACCUGUACCACGCUGGGGAGCUGCUGGCCCUGCUGGACGUCCACCUGAGGAUCCCUGAGCCCCAGCUGGCCGAGCCCCACGUCCUGGCCUUCCUCACAGACAAGGCCAACUUCACCGCCUACAGGCCCAAGUCCUUCAGCAUGCGCGAGUUCACCGAGAGGGUGGGCCACGACCUUAAGGAGAUGAUGCUCUACUGCCGAUACCAAGGCCAGGAGUGCAGCCACAAAGACUUCAAAAUCGUAAGUCUACUCAUAGUCUCCCUGUCUUUGCUCAGGUCUGGCAUGGGUCACAUCUGCUGCUACUGCAGCGCAGUUGAGUAUCUCACUCAGAAGGCUUUGUCUGUCAAGUGUUAAUGUGUGUUCUGUGAUAUGGUCUACAAGUUUUCAAAGUUUUUUCCCUCUGAGUUGACUUGACGUAUGUUGGUAGCGGAGGCUGUUUCCUCCCAUGCUACUGUGCACUGGGUCCCCUGCUGUGUAUUUCUCUUGAUAUUUUUGUACUUCCAUCUACAGUUAGUUUUUUAGUGAUUGUGUACUGCAAGCACACACUCUGCAGCUGUCCUGCUAUUGUUUUCUUUAUUUCAUCCACAGGACAGCUCUUGGGGAUUUUACAGUCUGUGCUACAGGUCUCUUGAUAGUCCCCAUAAAUAUGGAAUAAGUAGUUUGUCUUUGGGCUAAACACAUGUGACACCAUUUCAGAUUUCAUGGAUUGACAGCUUUUGUUACCCAGCUACAGCUCUUGUUACCCAGUUACUCUUAGUUGGCCAGUUACAGCUGUUGUUGCCCAGUUUCUGCUCUUGUCCACAUACAGCUCUAGUGGGCCAGUUACAUCUCUUGUUGGCCAGUUACAGUUGUUGUUGCCCAGUUACAGCUCUUGUGGCCCAGUUACAGCUCUUAUCCACGUACAUUUCUCAUUGCCCAGGGACAUCUCUAGUUGCCCAGGGACAUCUCUUGUUGCCCAGUAACAGCUCUUGUUGACCAGUUACUGCUCUUGUCCAUGUACAGGUCUAGGUGGCCAGUUACAGCUCUUGUGGCCCAGUUAUAGCUCUUGUCGCCCGGUUACAGUUCUUGCCCAGUUACAGCUCUUACCCAGCUACAGUUUGUAGCCCACAAGUUCUCCAGGCUGUAGUAUAUGUACAGGUUGCUGCUAAUGAGUUUUCUUCCGUGCUUUUUGUCUUGUAGCCAUAGAGCCGUAGCGCACACACAGGCCCUGCUGUAGACAUGCCUUUAGGCUCUGAUCUGCUUUGAUGAGGUUCCCUUUGAGGAGUGUAAUCAUUCUUCUCCUUAAAGGAGAAUAUCAAAGAUAUCACUCUCUGUCUAAACCAGCAUACUGGCAGCUUGUAGAUUGUCUGAGUUGAGGCUUCCUGGUCGCCCAGUUUUGUAGUCACAGAUGGAUUCAUAUCUUGGUUUUUCAUCUCGGGACACACUCACUGUCACUGCACAAAGACUAACUGGCAAGGCAACAGUGAUGUGUAAUGUAAUAGCUUCACUGGUUUUAUUGGGGUGGUCUCAGUGACUCAUUUUUAAUUCUGUCAGGAAUUAGUCAUUCUUCAAUGGUGAAUCUGUAACCUAGUAAUCUUUUGGGAAUCUCUGUUUGGACAAUAUGUCAUUUCCUGUUAACUCUGUUGGAUCCUUUAGGUGUAAAUAUGGACCUAAGAAUGCUCUGUAGUCAUACUUGCUAGUCCCUGUAGUGAUUUAUGCACUAGUGACGUUUCUUCAAAUCAAAUUGUAUUGGUCACAUACACAUAUUUAGCAGAUGUUAUUGCAGGUGUAGCGAAAUGCUUGUGUUCCUAGCUCCAACAGUGCAGUAGUGUCUAAAAAUGAUUCACAACAAUACACACAAAUCUACAAGUAAAAGAAUGGAGUUAAGAAAUACAGUACCGGUCAAAGGUUUGGACACACCUACUCAU